AUGUCUGCAUUUGAAAUGCAAGGUGUGACCGUAUUGAUUGGCAUGACGAGCCUAACAGACGUCCAGAUGACGAGGAGAACGACUAAAAUUAUCCUUAACGGCAAAUUCAAUGCGUUUACCUACGCCAAUGAUGUGGCCAUCGUAACAAUGGAUUCGCCUGUGAUUAUUUCCAAUACUGUUCAACCUGUUUGUUUGGCAGCGGCCAAUACCGACCCCGACCAAUAUUCCGGCCAGGAUGCCAUUGUCUUGGGAUGGGGAACGGCAGACAUAACAAAACCAAGCGCUACUUUGAUGCAAGGUAAAGUUGGAAUUGUGGCCAACUCUGAAUGCAGGGUUGAGCCGGACUUUGGCAAAUAUGUUUCCGACUCAACCAUCUGUGUCGCUUCUACGACCGCCUUCAGCUGCGCAGGUGACGUCGGCGGUCCAGUAGUUAUUCUUUCGGCGCCAGGGACUUGGACCUUGGUUGGAAUCAACAGCUAUACCAAGGGUGAGUAUCUAAAUGUAUACAAGGCAUUUGGUUACAAUCAAUUAACGAGCCGUUUUUGUUGUUUAAUGACAGCUGAUUGCAGUGCUACUGGCCUUAAAACUGCUAUUUCGGCGUUCAGGGCCUGGAUUGAUCUGUAUAAGAAUUAAAAUCAAAAGGAUAACGACGACAACCAACAAGAAUACAAAAUUGAGAACUAACUCUUCUUUUUUGGUUAUACUGCUGGUUAGAUUUUGGUUAGAUUGGCGUUUGGUUCUUAUAUUAGUUAAAAAUUCAGUUUCGGCAGACUAAUAUUGAUUAUUAUAAGCCAUGGUAUUAAAUGCACUAUUGCACACCAUUAAUUUAUACAGGUUUCUGAAUAAACAGGAGACAAAAGUAUUUACCAGCUCACUCGUCUGCUAAAUUGAUUCGACAAUUUUAUAAGAGUCCAGUACCCCCACCAUAAUCGGAAAGGCCAAGAUAACAAGAAUUAUUAAAAUUACUAAUGGAAAGAGCAGUGGUGCUAGAUCACGUAAUCUAACGAGUUAAUGUUUUCCAAAAUACCUAGACAGAAAUGCGACGUGCCAAAAAUAACUUCAAAAUUUACUGUGAAUUGAACGAACAGGCCAGAAUUCUAAAUUUCAAAAAUCUGAAAAAAAUAAAUAAAAUAAACCCAAGGGCAGAACAAAUUUUCCAUUCCAGAACUGAACAUUAAACGUGGGUGAU